UGUUCCUUCCAAGGAAGAGGAAGCAGACAUUUAAGGGAAAGAAACUUCUAUGGAUUCCUUUAGUAAAGUGCGAGUUUGGUGAUGAACGAUAGAAAUGAUGUCCUUUGCGAGACAUUUAGUUUGACACUGAUGUAAUAAUGCCUACUUAAAACUCCGAGUGAAUUUAACGCUUAAAACAUCGUUCAAAUUGAUGUCAAAAUAUUUUAAUCACCUAUAGUUUGUUGGAGAACGCAUUUAAAUUCCGUCUCGACGGAGCCUGUUUGGCGUCCACGUGGCGUUCAGUUCGAAGAUGGGUCUGUUUUUAUAUCUUAUACUUUCAGUUUCAUACCUGCUGAUACCGUCUGGUCACACCCUGGAAUGGAAUAAUCAGUCUAGUCCCCUGCAAAAUGUGCGGUCAUUUGUCAAAAGUUUUUCCGAGGAGGCCCACAGUUAUCUGGUCUCUGUUGUCGGUGAACAAGUAGUCGACUCGUCUCUCAAGUGUGUGCGCAGUGGUGCGAAGUGGCUGUCCGACGCAGUGGCAUCUGCCCUUACAGUGGUCAUCCAGUACCUUACUGAAAUCCUGGAAGCAGCGGGAAUUGACGCCAAGCUACCCUUCCAACAAGUUACACCAGAGGGAGUCAUUUUCAUCACUCAGUGGGCUCUAUUGGCUUUUACUGCUUAUUGGAUAAUCUCCCUCAUCCUGAGGUUAGUCGUCGGGGCUGUGUGGCAGGCUUUGUGGCUGCUGAAGUGCAUCUUUGCAGUUGCCAUGUUUGGAUUGAUUCUCAGUGAUACUGGAGCCCCUACAGAAACCACAGCGUUGAGGAUAGUGGGCCUAGUGUGUGUCUGUGUCCUGUUAGGGAUCGGUUCAACAUCAGAAAAGCGAGAUACACACCUUGAGGUCAAAAUCAAGAUGCUGGAGAGACGUCUGAGAGAGAUGGAAAAAAGCAAAUUGGAAUGACUGAGAGACCCUCGUACAGCCCAUAAAUAACCCUAAUUGUUUUCCUCCAUGAUAGUGUGUUGUAAAUCUAUCAUAUUAUGGUGACAUCUAAGCAACAGAACCAUGGUUUCAUUUUGUGUAAUCAGGAGAUGCUUGAUCCUAAAUAAAUAUGGAAGGUGCUUCAAUAUUUUCUAGUAGUUACAACAUCAUUUAUUUACAGUGAAACUGUAUGAAUUUGCAAAAGGGUGCUAUAGCGAAACUGCAACUGAUUUUUGAAGGGUUUCAUUAUUAGCAGAUGAUUAUAUAGUUUGCAGGUACUGGGGCUAUAGGAUGUGGAUAUUGAAAAAGACAAAAUGUGUUUACACUGGAUUCAAAUAACCAUGUUUUUGUUGCUUAUUACAUUAUUCAGGGUUAGGGUGCACAGAGCAACACAAAAUGGAUUUAAAGGUUUUCAAUGACAACAUUUAAAAAAAGAAAAUUAAAAAAAUAUUAAUUAUUCAUGUCACUUACAAAUGCAGACAUUUUUUCCAUCUACCAUGGUCUUCAUUUACUAAAUUGAACGAUGAAGAUGAAGAACCAACACAUGGGUUUUAAAAUCCUGUCCUGCAUUCAAGCAAUUCUUGAUCUGACCCUUUAAAUGACUUUCAUUGGUGUAACCUGAUGUACUUAGAUUAAUUCAGUCUUAUUAAAUAUUUUUAUUUUUACUUGAAUAAAACCAUUUGUUACCAUAUGAAGCACAUGUAGUAAAAAGGUUACCUGACAAAAAAAGUUAUUUUUACAGCAUUGACAAUUUCUAUGUGAAACUUAGCUGUGAGUGAUAGACUGCAAUUUAAAGUGUUUUUGGAUCGUUCUGUGGACAAAACAUUGUCCAAGAACAUUCAGUAGGCAAAAAACUUCAGACAACAUGAGUUGUGGAAAAUCAGAUGUGAUCAAGGAACUUUAUACAGCUUUAUACUGUGUGCCAUUGAAGAGAUGUUAAGUGUAUCCCACACAGCCUCUUUGUCAUUCCCAUUAAAAAUCAAAGAUGGCGCUAGCGCGAAUAGGGUCUAUUAAAGGGAUAAUUGAACCAAAAAUUAAAAUUCUCUAUUUACUCACCCUCAUGAUAUCCCAGCUGUGUGUGACUAACUUUAUUCACCAGAACACAUUUUUUUUUGAAAAAGGCACAAAUUGUAUCUCAGUAGGUCUUUAAAAUGCAAGUGAAUGGAGAUUUCUCUUUUGAAACUCUGAAAAUCAAAGUUUAAAAAAAGUACUUAAAUACUUAUCUUAUUCGCACCAAAAGCUUUGUGUUGCUUUAAAAGACAUUAAGUUAACAGAUGGUUUAUUGAUAAAGUUUAUGCUAACUCCAUAAUCUCCAUUCACUUGCAUUUUAAGGAUCUACUAAGCGAAGAUAUUUUUCCAUUUUUCAUAUGUGUUCUGGUGAAUAAAGAUUUGUGUGAACUAGCCCUUUAAGCUUCAUAUGCAGGUUAUUCCUCUGGUUUGCAUGGUGCUGUAUGAGCAAUAGAAAUACAGUAUAUAUACAUUUUAAUGAGCAAUAUAAGAUUUGAAAUUCUCUAUUUACAAGCUCCUUUUAAAGGUUGAAGUAAAUGGAUGUAAAAAGAGUUCAAAUAGAUACUGUUAACUAUAAGAAAAGAUUUGGCAACGAAUCUAGAAGCAGCUAUGUCACAGUUACCUGCCACGUUCUACAUUUAGCUGCAGUUUCCUGGUGAAAUUAACUACAGGCACUACAACAACUGUGCGUUUUAUUCACUCACACAAAUCAUGACAGCAAUGGCUGAUUAUGACUUUAUAAACAGUUAUUUUUCUUACUAUUAAUCACAGACUGUUGUGUUAUGACACUGAAACACUAACAUGGUUGGCAACCUUUUUGACAUGGAGUGCUAUUUUUAUUUUCAUGGUCAAUGGCACAAAAAAAAAUGCACAUCUAAGUGAUAUUCCAAAGUUUGAGUCUAAUUGUUAAAAUGUUUCUAUUUUGCACUUUUAAUUGUUUAUUUUUCAUUACAAAUGAUACUAUCAGCAUAACAGUUUGAGUGAAAAAUUUGUGCAAAACCCGCAUGUGAAAAAUCUUGCAUGUUUAUUUUCACAGAGCAUCUUGUGAAAGUGCUUUAAUGAAAGAAAACCUGUCCAUUUUGUACAAAAUGAGUUAACAGUUAAUAUUACAACUUUGCUUAUUUGAUUACUGAUCAAAUUGUGUGGAAUCUUAAAUAUUAUAUUAUGUCAUACAUUUUUCAAAAUCAUGCAUAGUGUAUUUACAAGCACGUAAGCAACGUUUUUUAUUUUAGCUGUAUUUUAUUUAUAUUAAGUUUUUCACACCUGACCUGCAUUCUAAUCUACGUCUUGCUGCAAUCCUUCCUUGUGAUCACGCAUUGUGUUUUCAUCAGAUGAAUGGGAGGCUAAACACCAUUAAAGUGUGACUGAACUCACGCUGUGCAUGCAAGCAAUUCAUGCAUCACAAGCCGAUCAACUAUUUAGCCCUUUUCAGUAGGCCAUCGCACCUGCAAAAUCCUAAAACUUUAUUUCCAGGUUUAAUUUAUAUUUUUAAUAGACUUUUUUUUAACCCCACGAUGUGGGUUUAUGUUUUGCCUUUUAAUCGUAUAAUGUAAUUUUGAGUAUGACUAUGAUUUAAAGAGGUUGUACCUGUAUGCUGGGUUGGAAAUCUCAAGGAUUAAUAGUGGUGUUUUCCUUAUUACAUCACGUGUUCUGAAAGCAAAAAGAAAGAAACGAAACACUGAACGUAUUCAUCCACGCAGCCUGACCGAAGCAAAGCGGCAUGUUUACUCCCGCAAUUAACCAAGAGUGAAGCGUUGCCAGCUCGUGAUGCUGGCUUGCAGGUGCUGCAGUCUCGUCACAUUUUUACAUUUUGUUUAGCCUCCCAUUCAGCUCAUGAAAACAUGUUGUGUGAUCAUGAGGAAGGAUUACAUCAAGAUGUAGAUUGGAAUGCAGAUGCAGAUUUCCAUAUGAAUAAAAUAGUCUACUCUCUCGCUGUUGCGCCAGUGAUUUGCCCUCUGUGUGCCAAUUCUGGCAUGUGUGCCAUAGGUUGCCGACUCCUGCUAUAACAUAAUUUGUAACACGACACAUUUAACGCUUGUAUUACAGACCAACCUACAUUUACAUACUUAUUCCUAUGUGAUUAGCUCACACCAUAGCUCACUGCUAUUUGAGUCCAGCCAAAAAGGAAAGCUGACACGAGAGAAAAAAAAGUGUCAUAGAAGCAACAAUAAAUGACAUGGUUGCUUCUGAAAAUAUGCCUUAUGUCACAUUUGCUUUUCCACACUAUCGGUUAUGUUUAGGACCAGUUUUGGGUUAAGGAGGUAUAUUCUACUCAUUAUAACCUCCAAUAUUCAGAUUCACAAAAUCGAAUAUUCACCUUGGAAACAUUAUCUGAUUAUGACAUAAUUUCACUCACAUUUGGCACCCCUCACUGGACAUUUCAUUGGGAAACUGCAGCGAAGCAUGUAAUUUUGUUUUGCAAAAAUGUUGCCAAGGUCACAAUGUCCUAACCAGAAUCGAUAAUGCAGCAUGCUAUAAAAUGUAUCUAGAAUCAAAUCAAAUCACAUCUUGUUAGGACACAGUGUUGGGGCCCCAAAAUCCUCCUGUUAGAGCAUACCUGACUCACAUCAUGAAACAUUGCACAAUAUGAUAUAUCCUCAAACCAAACUACAUCUGCAUGCAUUUUUUUGCUUUGUGGGAGAAGUGUAAAAAGUAUCUGAAAGCUACUUUGUCUUAGUCUUUUACAGCACUUGAGUCACUGUUUUAACAAUAAAGAUGUAAA